CAUCAGUCCUUGUUAAAGACAGCAUCCCGCCUUCCUACCCUCAACAUAUCAUUUCGGCAUACAAACGAUCGGCAGUUGAAACGUCUUUCUAUCGACUGCCUUCUCGAACUUUUUUUCUCCAUUUCUCCACUGGAGAAUCUAAGUCAGACCUGCCUCGAGUUCAAUAGUGAGCACGCAUUGGGAUCGAUCUUACCUGCCACUGGCUUGCCCCUGACAAGGUCAUAUGGUAGACGGCAACCUACUUGCGUGGCUUUUCGAAAAGAUGUAAGUAUUAAAGACCACCCUCUACGUCCUGUGUUCUCUUUGCAUCCCAUCCCAUCCCAUCUCUUCUAUCCUUCUAUUCAGAAUGCGAACCGCUGUUGCUGCCUUCCCCUUCUUCUCUUUGGCACUCGGUGCUGUUAAUUGGAGUGCCUUCGAGUCAUGUGUGACCGAGAGUGGCACUGCGUCUGUCAAAAGCGUGUCGACGUCCAUGUCCACCACGACGGUUCAACAGCCUGAUGUCGUUGUCAAGCAUACUUUCCAUCCCCAACAUCUCGUGACGCUUCGACCUUUCACGAAGACAUGGACUCGUACAUUCCAGGAAACGGAUACCGCUGUUUCCACCAUCACCGUUCACUUGACACACACUGAGCUGGUGCCAACCUCGACCAUCGUAAACACCUACACUCAGACCCAUGUGUCGAACAUCUACACCACUGUUCCCGCACCUGCUGGCUUCCUGCCCGUUUCAAACACUACAAACUCUGGGUACCCCAAGGCUCAGUCUCUCAGCAGCUCUUCCAUUGUCGUGUCUUCGGCAGCAUCCAGCACUGUAUCUUCCAAGUCGAGCGCUGCUCCCUCUUUCACCGGCACUGCUGCUGCCGGGUUCAACUCAACUGGUUCGGCCUCUGGCGGCAGCUUGAGUGGCUCUGCUAGUGUGGAUGGUUCUGCAGACCUCGAUGCAAGAGGUCUCAGGAAUAUCAAGCAGUUUGCACAUGCUGUUCACUGCUUGAAGAGUGUUCUCGUCCAGAAGACUGUUGACACCACUAUCACCGGAACCACACAGACAAGCACUCUUGCACAACCUACAUCCACAAUCACUGUCAGCACCACAAGCACCACCAUGGUUCAGCCAAAGUUCGGCCGUGGCAAGACUGUCUACACCACAGCCUGGACGACUGUCACCAAGAACUACAAUGCAUACUCGAACAAAGUCGUGACUGCUGAGGUUACAUCGACCGUCAAGGCCUAUGCUGCAUGCCAGACCAACAAUGUGCUCAGCUCAGUCACUUCCAUCUCUGGCAAGGCAAAGUACAAAACCACCGUCGCAGGCUCUGCCCAGCAAUGUUGCGAACAAUGCCAGCAGUCGAGCAACUGUGUCGGAUCUGCCUACCAAGCCCUGCUUCCUCUCGGCGGCCGCUGUUUGAUCUACAUUGCUGACACCUGCCCGGCUCAAAGUGCAAACUCUCUGCAAUACACUCCUUCCAAGCUGUCUUUCGGAAGCUUCACCGUCAGCAAUGGUGUUUGUGGCUACAUGUUCUCUGCCGGUGGCCAGGUUGCCGCUCAUGGCCACGGCUGGUAGUCGAUGAUCUAAAUGAACAUUCCAUAGACCAAGAUUGCCGAGAUACGAAGUCCAUCUACAUAAUAAUUUAUAAUAUAUUCUUAUCGCGA